AUGGCCACCGCCGAAGACGAAAAACCCACUUCCCCCAUCCCCGCCCUCCUCCUGCCUUUGAUCCCGCAAGCCACAGUCCUCUCCUCCUCCCUCUACACCCACGUCUCCACCAACUUCCACGGCACCGAUGUGAUCCGCUCCGUGGCGGGCAUCAUCGCCGCCGCGCCCUCAAUCCUAACAACUUUCCACACGACCGUGGAAACCUACCCAGUUUCCUGUGAGGACAGCGUAUGUAUCAUCCUGCGCAGCCUCGAGAGGGAGUUUGAUAACGUGGAGAAAGUGCUGGAAGAGGCGUUGGGAAAGGAGGCGGAUGUGGAUUGGCUUGAUGAUGGGCAGAAAGUGCGCACGGGGAGGGGCGAUCCGCGACAGGUUGCGUUGCAGGAGGGGAUGAUGGCGGUUGGGCCGCUGGGGAGGGUGAUGGUGACGAUUGAGGAUGGGUUGGAUUGUUUGGCGUUUUUGGGGGUGAUGGCGAAGGCGAAAGGGUUAAUGGGGAUUGCUGAAGGGGAGAGGAGUGAUGAGCAGAAGAGGGAGAUUAAGAGGGCGGUUGAGCAGUAUGAUUUUAAGACUGUUCAGCGGGAGAAGAUAAUGAUCAAAGAGGUGAUUGAUGCGGCUUUGUAUCAGGAGAGGGCCGCGAGGAUGGAUGACAAUGUGUCGGAUUAUGGUGGUCACGACCGUGUUAUUGAUCGUGUUGUGGAGCGUCCGAUGACUUAUCGCGAAUUUGACAAUCGAAGUAUCGCUUCGUUUGACUCUUUCGCAUCCGAUCAAUUUGUCAAGCCAAAAGCAGUCUACGAGUACUGGAUCUUGCAAAAGAUUGAAGGUGAAAGUAGAGUUCGGUCGACAUGGAAGUUCUUUGGUCUUACAGCCAGAGAGAUGAUGGAUGACACGAGCUAUACAGUUGAAGGUAAACCGAGACCACAAGAAGAAAUGAAGGCGAAAGACGAGGAGACCCGAACGGAAGCCGAGUAUCACGCCCGUGAAGCAUCCAUCAAAGCGACCAUCUCAACCCUUUCAUAUCGAUUUCAAAAUGAACUUGUACUUCUGAUGCAAGAUCGCGAGAGGGCCUCUUCCAAUGUGCGCUUCCUCCGCGAGUGGAGCAUCGUCGAUAUCCAACCGCUCAAGCCCAAGGUCACAACCAAGGCACAAAGCUGGUCAGGAUGGUGGAAUGGUGAAGGAGGAAUCUCUCAAUGGGGUUGUAUCCUCAAAGGCGAGACAUCUUUCAAGCAAGAAGCCGGGAAAGACUAUGCAGCGAAUGUCAGAUUUCCAGAUAGAUUCCGAGAUGCGUUUAGAAAGUCGACUUAUGGGCCAGUGGUCAUUGAUCGCGAUUAUGACACAAGACGGUAUCCCGAAGAUGAGAGAGUGAUUCCACGGAGGCCAAUCGCGCCACGACAGGCAUAUCCACGACAGCGAAUCUAUCCGCAGAAACAAAAAGAGCCAACUCAAGAGAUGUAUAAGAGGGCGGUGGAGGAGCUGUUCAGCGGCCUCGAACAAUCGAAGGACGAACGUCAGGUGAAAGUCGAAGGUUUUUGA